AUGGCCGGUGCCUGUAGCCUUUGCAACCUUUACAGCGACGGCUGUAACGAUGGCAGAACAAUAAUCCUCGUCUGGGACCCUAGCGUUGCUCGGUCCAGAGUAACCGCAAUGAGAAAUUCACAAGGACAAAUUAUAUCUUUACCUCCUCUACCUAGUCGACCCUUUCGCCGGAUCUGACUCUGAUGAAAUACCUUGCACCUCUCACCUGUCUACUCUGCCCUUCUCUGCGCUUAUUCGACUCUUAGACCCUCAACUGGAGUUGAAAUCAAGAUAAAGUAUCUCGGAUCGCCACUUUCUUGAAUGACAUCGCUGUUGAGGAACGACAUCAACAUGGACUUCAGUUUUGUAAGCUCUCCUUCACAGUCACCGAGUCAAUCCAUCUUCACGGCUGGGCAAUACUUCGAAAGCACUUCUGAAGGCUCGAGUCCCAACUCGCCUCAUCAAAUGAGUCAAAUGUUCAACACCGCUCCCAUGCAGUACGACAUGUUUCGAUAUGGGACAACACCGUCGAAUUACUACCCAUCAACACAGACUCAAAUUCAAAUGGACUACAACAACACAGCCGCUCUUGACCAAACCGACCGACGACGGCGGCGAACGGGAAGCACAUCAACGCUGGCCAAGGACAAGGAGACCAUUCCCAACAUGCACAUGAGGAGGCGUGCUCAAAAUCGAGCCUCUCAACGAGCGUUUAGAGAGCGGAAAGAAAAGCACGUCAAGGGGCUUGAAGUCCAGCUCGAAGACUUGCACGAGAAGCACCAAGAUCUCCUGCAAUCAUACACUCGCCAGGCCGACGAAGUGACCCGACUAAACAACCGCAUUGCAGAAUUAAAUACGGAGCUCAACACCCUAAGAUCCUGUCAAGAUCAACCUUUUAGCGAGAUGUUGAUGCCCGACAAAUUUGACAAAUUUGACGCAUUUUCAGCAACAGACCUCGUUUACAACGGUCCCGAUUGCUACUUCGAUAAGAAUGCCGUCGAUCUCAAUUCCGAGUUUGCUCUACAUUCGUUUGAGGAUUCACUGUAAUGUGUGCAUUCGCUCGAGUUAGGGUAUGCCUUGGGUCUGGUUCGGCGUUUUUAGAGGCAGCGAGAUACCCUACCUUCACAGGGCCUGAUUUGUUUUAUGAUUUGCGCUUCAGCGAAGAUGAGAUGCGCGGCAUCGAAGGGUGGGUUUUGUCCUUUCAAGUUGCGACGUUUUAUGACUGUGUGAUGAGCCCAGCUGUGGCAGGAAAUGAGAGGGCAGAGCAGAGCACUAUGUCUAAGGGCCUCCAUGAAGACCCUGUUCUCGGCUUGUUGACCGAGGACCAGCUAUGGGGAAAGUUAUCGACAGCCAGGUGUUUUCCGGUACAUGUGCAGACUCGAUUAGGUCCCGGCCGGUCGAAAAUAUGAGUAAUAAUGAAAUUGUACCACAACGCGAUCGUACAACCACUUGACGCCGUAUUGGAAAGACUGUCC